AUGAGCUACGGACAAAUGAAGGAGAUGCCGCAUAUUUUGAAACCGGCGCUUUUGGUGAGUUUUGAAGUUUCAUUUUUUUCAGAUGGAGUGAAAUGGGUUCAAAUAUGGGAUAGGCGAGUUUUACUGAAGUCAAAUGAAAUAAAGCCUUUAAAAUAUAUUGAAUGAUCAAAUUUGAUGAGCUGUUAGUUCAAGCGUGGAGUUGAAAAAUGUUUAAGCGUUGUUCUGCAAGGAGUUUUAGAAGUCCAAUUGAAAAUCGAUAAAUGUGGAAAGCCCCUCGAACAGUGAAUCAGGAAUCAAGCGAUGUUCUGCUAUAGGUUUAGCGCAAUUCUAGUGAAAUAACCUAAAAAUUCUUGUUCUGAUUGUUCAUGAAGAACUUUACAGCUGUUAACCCUCCUGCAAAUCAUCUUCAUGGCGAGUCCAGGCCUCCGAGGCUUCGGAUGGUUCGUUUGUCUGACGUCGAUCCUCGAGUUCAUCGUCGCCAUCGCCGUCGUCGCCGCUUUUUUCGUCCACAUCUCCAUCAUCGACCAUUCCUACUACAAUUUGGGAGUCCGUUUUCUUUUUCUCACUGGAACAGGAAAUGAUCAUUUAGAAAACAGUGCCAAUGAGUUAUUCUGUUUCAAAAAAUAGUCUCGACAAGAAAAAACUGAGAAUAUGGACCUUGUUAAGACAUAAGACAUCGAUUAACAGAUCAUUUGAAUUGAAAUCUUCUAAAAUAUUUUCCGGAAUCUUGCAUCGCAUUUUGAAAAUAACAAAUAACUUUUUCAUAUUUCGUUCAGGAACUCGGAUAUAGUGCUGUGUUUGCCGUAUGCAGCGUUUUGAACACUGUCUACUAUUUCUGCAACAUCUUUUAUCACUUCAACUUCUGGUUCCUCUUAGCGACGGUAAGAUAUUCUGAAAAGAAAUUUCUCAUAAAAUUGGAGCUUUUAAAAUUUGCCUGAGACAUUCUUUGAUUGUCUUGCAGAAAUCUGUGAUGCGUGAGUCCGAUUUCACUCAUUUUUUAUAUGAGUCAACUUUGAAGAUUUCUUCACUUGAACUCAACUUUUGUGUUUUUGAAAGUAUUUGAGUAAAACCACUUUCAUUGUUAACAUAUAAGUUCAAAUCGAAGUAAGCAAAGUUUCAGGCAGUUUCGGUGUUCCUGGUGCUGGCCUACGGUUUACAGGCUCUCGUCUGCUUCAACAACCGCAACAUCUCCUCUUCUGGAGGCGGCGGCUCUAACCAGGCCACUGCCGCUCCGCCGCCGUCGUUCCCCGCCGGCGUCAACCCGGCCUAA